AUGUCUUCCCAAGCCGCAGCUAUCACAAGGGCCCUCCUCACACGGGCCGAUUAUUGCCUGCAGGCUUCCAGUGUCGUCGUGUUAUAUUACGACUACCUCCUCACUCUCCCCGCUGAGGUGGAGUACAUCUGGAAGAACCCUUUCAGGUUUAUCACAUUCCUUGACACCGAUUCCAUCCCCGGAUCGAAACGCUUAAUUAACGUCCCCGCUAGAUGCAUUGUGGUUAGGCUAACGGCGAGCGUCCUCAGCACCUUUGGGCACUUUGGAAUCAUCAGUAGGCCCCAUGCUCACCUCUCCCGAAUCGAUCUUAAGCUGACGACGGAGGAUGCACCUCUAGCCGUCUGGGGUCUACGAACAUAUGCGAUCUGCGAUGGCAACAAAAUCAUCGCCGCCCUGAUUGGUCUGACCGGGCUUUCGGUGGUCGUGAUGCGAAUCGCCAUUACGAGCGCACAUAUCGCCUACGCACGGCAGGUAGGCGACUCUUUCGAAUUCAGGCACUUUGGGAUUGCUACGGGUGCUUUGAUGAUGACCUUCGAGGCUCUCUCGUUCCUGUUUGCAGCUAUUCGAGCUCUAAGGACUCUCAGAAACGAUAAGAAGUUUUGGGAGAACCCCAGGGCGACCUUGAAUGCUGUCAUCUUUUCUCAAGGUCUCAUCUACAUCACGGCCGUCUUCGCUUUAUCUAUUCUAACGGCCACGUUCAACUUGAAAGUAUGGGGUGGAACCGUCAUCCGACCGAUGAACAGUUUGAAGCUCCCACUCGCCGGCCUCCUCACUGCCCGAUUCCUGCUCAAGAUUAAGAUGUGGGAGCGGCGGGAAUCAGCGACAUCCGCAGGAGAGAUCACAACACUUCAAUUUAACCCUGUUGCAAUUGAGGACGUCAAGGGUAAAUCGAAAGGUACCACCUCCGCAGGAACGACCGACGUCGAAGCGGAUCGAGACGGGAUCCAUUUCGACGAUGAUGACGACGAUCCGGGGUACAGCACGAGAAGGGUUCCUGUCAUUCGAGAGCUGGGAAGGGACAUUGGCCCUAGGCGUACGAACGAGGUUGGAAUGGCGGAGAAAUGGAGAGUCACUGACUACGAGUGGGAGAGAGAGCAAAUGCAUGUGUUCGUGGAUGAGAAGGCUGGGGAGCGGCCUGAGAGUUCUCAGGUUGCCGAACCACCGAUGGCAAAUUCGAAUUCCCAUGCUUAAGUAGAUAGCAAUCCAUUUAUUUAA